AUGACAAUAAGGAAAAACAUAUGUCCCUUAGACCAUAGAAAAAAAAAUGUCUUCGUCGGCUCUCUCAUUCCUUGUUGUCUCUUCUACUUUCUCCAGCUUUACCUAAAACGAUCCCGUCCUCCUCCCUCCAACCCGACGGAGUUACCGAGAACGUCGUCACAGACUAAUCUCUUCUCUCGUGGAAACUCGAUCGGACGAGUUCGAGUCUCCUCUCGAGCUGUUCCUCUGGCGAAACCUUCCGAUUCGCCUUAUUACAUUGGGUUGGAGAGAGUCAAGACGGAUCCGUACGAUCGGAUUAAGAACACGGACGGGAUUAUUCAGCUUGGAUUAGCUGAGAGUACACUGUGCUUUGACUUGCUACAGAGAUGGAUGUCUGAGAAUUUGAUGGAGUCGAUGAUGCAAUCUGAUGAUGGUAAAUUCGAUAUUAGUAGUAUCGCAAUGUAUAAACCUAUUGAAGGAUUACUGGAACUCAGAGAUAAUCGCUCUUAGAAGAGCAAAGAGGAGGAACAUGGAACGUUUGGUUUUGGCAUGUGGUGGAGAAGCUGUGAACUCUGUUGAUGACUUGACCCCUGAUUCUCUUUGUUGGGCUGAGAAAGCAAAAGACAAGCACCUAAAAUGCCAUCAAGACCUGAAAUCCAGAAUUCAGAGAAAGCAAAAGAGGUCCAAGCCAAUACUUG